CUCUAAAACGACGCCAAAACACGGGGAAGAUGCGGAUUUGCUGAGGUUUUACAGUCUCUUUCUGGGCAACGUUGGCGGAUGAUUAGUGAUAAAAGCGACUUGGAGCAGGUGCAAGUUAUAUCACAUCAACUGGACAGGAGAACCUGCGCAAUUACAAGUGCGAUGAGUGAAAAAACGAAGUUUAUUAUUUACGCUUUGGGGAUUUUCUUCUUGUAUUUCUACUUUGGUAUUCUACAAGAGAAAAUUACCCGGGGACGAUAUGGUGAGGAGGAAAAUGAGGAUGGAACUAAAGGUGAACGGUUCACCUUUGCUUUGGUUUUGGUGGGUGUGCAGUGCAUCGUGAAUUGGUGCUUCGCGAAGGGAAUGCUGCUGGUGAGGCCACAAAAGAAGGACGAAACGCAUCCAGGAUACUAUGCUAGCUGCUCAUUGACCUAUCUUCUGGCCAUGGUGAGCAGUAACAUGGCUCUGCGGUGGGUGCCUUACCCCACACAGGUGGUGGGCAAGGCGGCCAAGCCGAUUCCUGUGAUGAUCCUGGCAGUUCUCAUAGGACGCAAGUCGUACGCGUUGUCCAGAUACUUGUGCGUCCUGACAAUCGUCCUGGGCGUUGUGCUGUUCAUGUACAAAGACGGGAAGACUGCCUCUCCGGAUGGGGAACACACUGGUCUCGGAGAGCUUCUUCUGGUCCUCAGUUUGUCCAUGGAUGGCCUCACAGGAGCGAUUCAGGAGCGCAUGAGAGCCUCUUCUGCUCCGUCAGCGCAGCAAAUGAUGCUGGCAAUGAACGGCUGGAGCAGCGCAAUGGUCGGCGUGCCACUCGUGGUCUCUGGAGAGGCGUCCAGCUUUCUGCAAUUCACCAUGCGACACCCAGAAUUGCUGUGGCAUCUCACAACUCUCGCUCUCACCGGUGCACUCGGGCAGCUCUUCAUCUUCCUGAUGGUGUCUGGCUUUGGUCCUCUGGCGUGUUCUGUGGUCACGACAACAAGGAAGUUCUUCACAGUACUGUUCUCUGUGCUGAUCUUCGGCAAUUCUCUGAUCCCGCGACAGUGGUUCGGGGCAAUUCUGGUGUUUGCCGGCCUCUUCAGUGACAUGCUGAUCAACAAGAAGCCCGCGAAGACACCGCAAAAGCCGCUCCUGAAGCAGGAGCACAACUCACAGUAGAUCAAUGACUCUUCCUUGCACGACAUUUUUUAUUUCAAUUAUUUAUACACAGUGAUUUCGCUGCCUUCCACAGAUGAGGUGUAAUAUGUGUCAAUAUACAGGAUAUUUUUAUGGAAAGGGUGUGAGUUUGGUGGCGCUGGAAUCAGCUGUUCUGCAAAUUGUGCGCUCGAUUCUUUG